CAAAUAUUGUUUUUUAAACUAUUAAAAAAUCAUGAUUAUAUUACAUAAUACUUUACAUUGUCAUACAACAUAUUUUCAAGUAAUUCAAUUUAAAGCUCAACAACGCUCAUGGAUCAGUUCUGCGGCUCCAAGUUUUGGAACGAGACCUGGUGGACAACUGAUCCGCAAUUCACAACAUGUUUCGAAAAAACUGCUCUUGUCUGGGCACCAUGCGCAUUUCUAUGGACGUUUAUUAUAUUCGACUUCUACUACCUCAAAGCGAGUUUUGAUAAAGACAUUCCGUGGAACAAAUUAAAUUUAAGCAAGCUUGUGAUUAAUCUCGGACUUCUUGCCAUAACCGCAUUAGAUUUGAUCAUAGCUUUGGUUAAGAAGGGCGACGAAUCUGCCGCUGAAAUAUACCUCGUAGAUAUUUGGAGUCCCAUUAUUAAGUUCGCUACUUUUUUGCUGGCCUUCAUAUUCAUUCCACUGAAUAGAAAAUAUGGAGUACAGACGUCUGGUUGCCAUUUCCUAUUUUGGUUCCUACUUUCUGUUUGUUCCAUACCUCGCUGUUUUUCGGAAUUACAAGCUGAUCGUAAUCGCAGGAGCGACGUCGAAGACUUCUCUUGGGAGAAUUACCAAUAUUGUAGCUUCUUCUUUUUCUUUGCAUCAUCAUGUGCCAUGCUGUUGCUGAAUUGUUUUGCCGACAGCAUGCCCAGACAGACGAAAUACAAACGAGGAAAGAAUGAGAUGCCUCAACUUUCCGCCAGUUUUUUGUCGCGCAUUACCUAUUACUGGUUCGAUGCAUUGUCAUACAAGGGCUUCCGCAAACCUCUCGAGGAGGGAGAUCUUUGGGACUUACGCCCACAGGAUAGCAGCAAGGAAGUGAUGCCGCCAUUUGCUCACAACUGGAACAAAUAUGUGCUGAAAAACAAGAAAGAUUCUCUGACAUGGGAACCAAAAGCCCAAUUUAGCAACGACAAUGUGUCAUUCGUAAAUCCUCAUGGUGGGCGCAAUCGAGACAAGAAGGUCAUGGCUUCAAUAAUUCCGGUAAUCUUCAAGUCCUUUGGCGGCGCAUUUCUUUUCAGCUCGUUUCUAAAGCUGAUUGCUGACAUACUGACAUUGGCACAACCGCAAGUUUUGAGCUUGAUUAUUGGAUUCGUUGGAGACUUCGAAAAGGAACAACAACCGCAAUGGAAGGGAAUAACGUACGCAGUUCUUCUAUUCGUAUUGGCCAGCAUACAGACUCUAAUUGUGUCCCAGUACCAUGAUCGCGUUAUCAUGAUCGGCCAUCGUACUCGAAUUGCGCUUACCAAUGGAAUCUAUCGCAAAGCUUUGCGCAUAUCGAACGCCACUCGAAAGGAGUGUACUGUCGGCGAAAUUGUUAAUUUGAUGGCUGUCGAUGCGCAGCGGUUCGUGGAACUUACAUACUACGUCAAUAUUUUGUGGUCAGCCCCAAUAAAGAUCUCGCUAGUGCUCUACUUCCUGUGGCAGUUGCUAGGCCCUUCGGUCUUGGCUGGUCUGACGGUUUUGAUUCUCUUGAUACCGGUAAAUGGUUUCAUAGUUAAUCGCUUAAAGAUGUAUCAAAUACGCCAAAUGAGAUACAAGGACGAACGUGUAAAGCUUAUGAAUGAGAUCUUAAGUGGCAUAAAGGUGCUCAAGCUUUAUGCCUGGGAACCAAGUUUUGAAAAGCAAGUACUGAAUAUACGAGAAAAGGAAAUCACAACGCUGAAAUCAUCGGCCUAUUUGAACGCCAGCUCCUUGUUUAUUUGGUCGUGCGCCAACUUUUUGGUGUCCUUGGUUACAUUUGGAACUUACGUACUAAUCGACGAAAACAACGUGCUCGAUGCUACUAAAACCUUUGUCUCUUUGUCUUUAUUUAAUAUUUUAAAUUUUGAACUAACAGUAUUACCCAUUCUCAUUCCAACCUUGGUGCAGAUAUAUGUAUCUGCCACACGCGUGAACAAAUUCUUGAACAGCGAAGAGUUGGACCCCAACAACGUGCAACACGAUGCCUCAAAACCUCAUCCGAUGACCAUUGAAAACGCUUCAUUUUCCUGGGACGAUGACAACGAGACGCUCACAAACAUUAACAUUGUAGUGCCAAGAAACAAUCUUGUAGCCAUUGUAGGCACUGUUGGUUCCGGCAAGUCAUCCGUGAUUCAAGCCUUCCUCGGCGAAAUGGAAAAGUUGUCUGGUAGUGUCAACACGGUUGGCAAGCUGGCGUAUGUUCCCCAGCAGGCCUGGAUUCAGAAUGCCACACUGAGAGAUAAUAUACUUUUUGGCCAGCCAUACGAUCGUCGGCGGUACAAUCGAGUAAUCGAGGCGUGCGCAUUACGGGCCGACAUUGAUAUUCUGUCGGCCGGUGAUCUGACCGAGAUCGGAGAAAAGGGCAUCAAUUUAUCGGGUGGCCAGAAGCAGCGUAUUUCGUUGGCACGCGCCGUCUACAGCAACGCCGAUCUCUAUUUGCUAGAUGAUCCGCUGAGCGCCGUUGACUCCCAUGUAGGCAAACAUAUCUUCGAGGAGGUAAUCGGACCCAAGGGUAUGCUGGCGAACAAAACGCGUGUGUUGGUCACACACGGCAUUACAUUUUUGCCACAAGUGGACAACAUUUAUGUCAUGAAGUUGGGCGAAAUCAGUGAAAGCGGAACUUACACUGAGUUACUCCAGAAUAGGGGAGCCUUUGCCGAAUUCCUUAUCCAGCAUCUACAGGAGGGCGAAAAGGAAUAUGAGGACCUAGAUAAGAUUCAACGGCAACUGUCUAGCACAAUCAGUGAGCCCGGGUUGCUGCAAACUAUUGAGAAGAUCAUUGAUGUAGCACGAUCGGAGAGCCUUUCCGACUCUAUUUCUCUAUAUUCCAACGAUAGCCUAAUGGGUGGUUUGCAAAAUCGCAUUAGCCGUCAGCAAUCGCGUGAAUCCAAGAUCUCCGCUUAUUCGCUGAGAAAAAAAGAAGAAGAAGUAGAAGGAAAACUAAUCGAGUCGGAGAAGUCACAGACUGGAAAUGUCGAUCUUGCAGUUUACAGGCACUACGUCAAGAGUAUCGGCAAAUUUAUGGCUAUAUCAAUGUUAGCCCUAAACUUGGUGUUUCAAGCUUUCCAAGUUGGUUCUAGUCUAUGGCUCACAAAAUGGGCCAAUGAUGACGACGUUUCUAACGAUACCAGCAAGCGAGACAUGUAUCUGGGGGUCUAUGGGGCGUUCGGUUUCUGCAUAGUCGUCACGAAUUUUGGCUCAGCUCUCGCCUAUUCACUGGGUUGUCUUAAAUGCUCUCGCACCCUGCAUAACACGCUCCUGCAUUACAACCUCCGAUGGCCAAUGGAGCUCUUCGACACGACGCCACUGGGACGGAUUGUGAAUCGCUUCUCGAAUGAUAUCGAUGUAAUCGAUAACUCAUUGCCCCAAAAUAUUCGCGGUGUGCUCUCUCAGGCAAUUAUGGUCUUAGCCACUCUAAGCGUUAUAAGCUUAGCAACACCCGUCUUUCUGAUCGUCAUCGUGCCCAUAGCCAUCCUAUACUACUUCACUCAGCGCUUUUAUGUGCCCACCUCUCGGCAAUUGAAGCGGUUGGAAUCCGUUUCUCGGUCGCCCAUUUACUCUCACUUUAGCGAAUCGAUUACUGGAGUAUCAACGAUUCGAGCCUAUUCUGUGGAAGAGCGAUUUAUUGAUGAGUCGGACAGCAGGGUGGACAAAAAUCAUACCUGUCGGUAUCCUGCCAUAAUUUCGAAACGGUGGCUGGCCGUACGCCUAGAGAUGAUUGGCAAUAUGAUAAUUUUGUUUACUUCCUUGUUUGCCGUACUGGGAGGUCAAACUAAUCCCGCCCUUGUAGGCUUGUCCGUGAGCUACGCAAUGCAGGUAACGCAGACUCUCAACUGGCUGGUGCGUAUGAUGUCUGACAUUGAGACCAAUAUAGUGUCUGUGGAGCGCAUUAAGGAGUACGGAGAGUCCAAGCAGGAGGCAGCAUGGGAACUAGAAAAGGACAAGUCGAUGUCAAAGAACUGGCCUGAAGAGGGAUGUGUUUCGUUUGAAAAUUUAAAGGUGCGCUAUCGUGAAGGCUUGGACCUAGUAUUGCAUGGCGUUACCUUUCAUGUAGGUGGCGGCGAGAAAAUUGGCAUCGUGGGACGCACGGGUUCAGGCAAAUCAAGCUUAAUGCUGUCCAUGUUUCGCAUCAUCGAAGCAUCGGAAGGACGGAUAUUGAUCGAUGGAACCGAUAUUGCCAGCUUGGGCUUGCACAUGCUUCGCUCUCGUCUAUCCAUCAUUCCGCAGGAUCCAGUGCUAUUCUCCGGCUCUCUGCGCAUCAAUUUGGAUCCAUUUGGUGUUAAAAGCGACGAUGAAAUUUGGAAAGCCCUGGAGCUAUCCCACUUGAAAUCGUUUGUGAAGGGCUUUCCUGCCGGUCUGAAUCACAGCAUUGUGGAGGGCGGGGAGAACUUGUCGGUGGGGCAACGACAGUUGGUUUGCUUGGCUCGGGCAUUGUUACGCAAGACCAAAGUGCUCGUGUUGGAUGAGGCCACUGCGGCUGUUGAUUUGGAAACUGAUGACCUGAUACAAAAAACUAUUCGCUCGGAAUUUAAGGAAUGCACAGUGUUGACCAUUGCCCAUCGACUUAACACCAUACUAGACUCCGAUAAAAUAAUUGUGUUGGAUAAAGGAACCGUUAAAGAGUUUUCCUCACCAACGGAAUUACUAGACAAUCCUAAGUCUAACUUCUACAGAAUGGCAAGGGAUGCUAAACUAGUUUAAUUACGAUUAACUGACCCUAAAAUUCUUUUUUUAAAAACUAGCCUUAUAUUUUAAUGCAAUUAGUAAGUCGUAGUUUUGCGCCCUAUCUUGGCUUGAAAACCAAGUAAGUAUUAAAAUCUCACAA